AUGGCCAAUGAAAAUUUAACACAACAGCCUUCUUCACCAUUUGAUCGAAAUAAAACUAACCUUUUGAGUUUUCUGGAUGGUUCUAAACUCAAAUCAUGGGAUGAUGUUGAGAAAAAAUUCCACCUACAGAUGGUCAAUGGAAAACUUUUCAAGGAACAUUUUGGAGCCUGCAUUGGCUUUGAAGAGAGCUCUAAAGAUUUUGCCUAUGAACUGUUUGAUGUACUGUCAAAGAGAAAAAAGAUCAAGUUUGAGGAUGGGAUUACUCGGCAACAGUUGAAAGAGUUUUGGGAUGAAUUGAAAAAGGAUGAUCUGGAAACUAGGCUUGACAUUUUCUUUGACUUGUGUGAUUUGAAUGAUGACAAUAAGAUCUCAAAGGAAGAGAUUGAGACCAUACUGAAGUGGACUGCUUCUGCCAACAAUUUGAAAAGUAUUGAAAACCAAAUUGAAAACUACGCAUCUCUGAUCAUAAAAGAGUUUGAUCCAGACGGCAAUGGUUCCAUUGAGAAAAAGCACUUGGAACUUCUAGUCAAAGAGCUAAGCAAAUCUAAAGAGGCCAACGUGUUGAAGGGGGAAGUUGACGAAGAAGUAUCACAUUGGCCAGAUGUUUGCACUCUUGUAAGAGAAACAUUAGAAAUGAUCAAACAGAACAGAAAACAAAUCUGGUUUUCAACACUGUGGUUAGCCAUAAAUGUGAGUCUGUUUAUUUGGAAAUUCAAUGAAUACAAGGAGAAGAAGCCAUUUGAUUAUGAACUAAUGAAUUAUUGCAUUGGUAUUGCAAAAGGAUCAGCUGAGACUCUGAAAUUCAAUAUGGGUUUAAUUCUGUUUCUUGUUUGUAGACGCACAUUAACAACACUUAAAUCCACAUUUCUCAGCUCCAUAUUCCCAUUUGAUGAUUAUAUUUUCUUUCACAUGAUGGUUGGUUUAGCCAUUUCCAUAGCCACUUUUAUUCAUAUGGCUAUGCAUUUGGGAUGUGGGUUCCCGUUAUUAUCAACAUUAUCUUUAAGCUACAAGCUCAAGGGAAUUAUUGAGCCAAGUUUUGAUCACUCCAAAAAACCAAGUUAUUUUGAUUUGAUUUUGAGUGUUCCUGGUGUUACUGGAAUCCUCAUGUUCAUUAUAAUGGCCUACACCUUCAUACUUGGAAUUCCUUGUCUUAGAAAACGUAGUAGGGCUACAAGGAUAUUCUUUCGCCCUUUAAAAGGUUUCAAUGCCUUCUGGUAUGCACAUCAUUUGCUUUUUCUUGUCUAUGCCUUGCUGAUUCUUCAUGGCUACUUCGACUCGCUAGCUUCGGACUGGUUGAACAGAACGGCAGCAGUAUAUAGUAAAAAUGAUCUAGUAGCACUACGCUUGGAAAAACCUGAAAGAUUCAAGUACGAAAGUGGGAGUUAUCUGUAUGUGAAUUGCAAGGAUAUAGCACUAUGUGAAUGGUAA